CAGAAGAGCAAGUAGAGCUCAGAAGCCUGUUUCCUUUCUCUCAGUGUUGUGGCUGAGUUUUUGUUAGGCGCGUGCGUCGUUAUUCAGCUUCGUAUAUAUAUAUAUUUAUAUAAAAAGAAAAAAAGCUAGAAGUUUGGAGCUGAGCCUGAGGGUUUUACUCCUCACAGACCCUCGGGGUGAUUAGUCAGAGACCCAGAGCCAUCAUCAUGGAGCUGUCCACUGCUGCUGAAGCUGAAUUCCCAGACCUGUACUCAGUCAUUCCCUACAAUGUCACCUUCCCGGACGACGUGGCUGGUUUCGUCCCGGAUGGACAGAACCACAGUGAGCACAAUCCCUCCCGAGGAACAGCGGGGCUGGUGAUCGCGGUCUCCAUCACGGCUCUCUACUCCGUCAUCUGCGUCGUGGGACUUCUCGGGAACAUCCUGGUGAUGUAUGGGGUGGUCAGAUAUACCAAGAUGAAAACUGCCACAAACAUCUACAUUUUCAACUUGGCUUUGGCUGAUGCCUUGGCCACCAGCACGCUUCCCUUCCAGAGUGCUAAAUACCUAAUGAACACCUGGCCUUUUGGCGAGCCCCUGUGCAAGCUUGUCAUAGCCAUUGACUACUACAACAUGUUCACUAGCAUCUUCACCCUGACCAUGAUGAGUGUUGAUCGUUACAUCGCUGUGUGCCACCCAGUCAGGGCACUCGAGUUCCGGACUCCCGUCAAGGCUAAGUUUAUCAACGUGUGCGUUUGGAUUCUUUCCUCUGCCAUUGGAGUGCCCAUAAUGAUCAUGGCAGUUACCAAGGUGACAGACCAAGGAAAAAUAGUCUGCACUCUGAAGUUUCCUGAUCCUGAUUGGUACUGGGACACAGUCACAAAAAUCUGUGUCUUCAUUUUCGCCUUUGUGGUGCCAGUCCUCGUCAUCACAAUCUGCUACGGGUUGAUGAUCCUUCGUCUGCGCAGUGUUCGGCUUCUCUCUGGUUCCAAGGAGAAGGACCGGAACAUGCGUCGCAUCACUCGCAUGGUGCUAGUGGUGGUGGCAGCUUUCAUCAUCUGCUGGACACCCAUUCACAUCUUCAUUAUUAUCAAAACCCUGGUGGAGAUUGAUCAGAGGAAUCCCUUUGUCAUCGCCAGCUGGCACCUGUGCAUUGCCCUUGGAUACACCAACAGCAGUCUCAACCCCAUUCUUUACGCCUUCCUAGAUGAGAAUUUCAAGAGGUGCUUCAGGGAGUUCUGCCUACCAUUCCGUACCAGGAUGGAACAGAACAGCCUUUCCAGAGCCAGGAAUGCCAACCGGGAACCAGCAUCAGUUUGUGCCCCAUCCAGGCAGGAAGGACGCCAGUAUGACUAGGCCUGGAACGGAUCCCACCAGGAUCCCACUCACGAUUCCAACAAGACCUGCAGUCUGAGGUUACCCAGAUUUCCACCACUGAAUUCUAGAAUUGAACAUUUUACAAAUGAGGAGUGCCAAAUAAUACACUUAGGAAGAUUAGUAUACCUGAGUGAAACCAAUCUCUAACUAACUAUUUAUGUACAUUAUUGCAACCGGCAUGAAUUAAGAAGACUGUUCACUGUAUCCUCAUAGGCAGCGAAUGCAUGUCAGAAGAUAUGAAGAUAUGAGGUAAAUGGCUCUGAUCAGUGGAUCGCCUGUGCCAUAAAACACAAUUGAAUUUUUAUUUAAUUUUAUUUAUUUUUAAUUAUUUACUUUGCUGUCUCAGUCUGGAAUGGACUUCUUCCUGAGGCCAACACAGAAAUCAUCCUCUUGCUAUAUGAAGUAUUUUGCACCACAGACUGAAAAGUGAAUAAAUUUGAAUGAGAAAAGAAUUGUAUUUUCAGAUAAAAACCAACACACGCCGCAUUUGAAUAAGGUUGCCUCAUUAGGAAAAUUGUUGCUGUGUCAUAUUUUUGUACUUUUUGAUAUAUGGCUACAGCUAAAAAAAAAUGUCAGAUUCCAACCUUUAUGAGAACUAAAAAGACAACUUUGAAUUGAUUUCAGAUGCUAAAACAAACCCUGGAGAUGUUUACGCUCAAGAAACAAUGUCAGCGUUUCCUUGGAGCCCAAAGGAAUAGUCUGUGAUAAGAACAGAGACAAUAUAAUGCACUGUGACAAGAGCUUCAGACCAACAAAUUCACAAUGUGUCAUCACAUCCUUUUUGUGCUGACCCCAACACAUCAAUGCCCUGCAUUACCAGUCAUUAAGACUUAAGAAAACCUGAAGAUUUCACAACCUUACUGUGACUUUUCAUUGUUUUUCAUUCUUAGAACCAUCACCUGGAUCUUGUACAGCUCUACAGACUUGGUUACAAUAUUGAGCCGGACUGAAUCAGUAUAAUAUCAUGAAUAUUUCCAUUCAGAAGGUAACAACAAUCAAAUAAGAAAACAAAAUGGAAUAUAGUCACAUAGUUGCAUCUAGAUCAUUAGUGUUCACCACUAUAGGCUGGUGUGGCUGUGGGUUUUUUGUUUCAACCAAACAGGAGCCCAUCCUGAUUCUACCUUUUCAAUCAGUUGAUCUUGGACUUCAAUCAACUAUCAGGUGUAACUCUUACUUGGUUGAAAUGAAAACCUGCAGCCACAUUAGCCCUUUGCAGAUAAGAUUGGACUGAAAUAAUCUAAACGUACAGUUCUAAGUAACUACAAGUUCAGCUGAGGACAUUUUAGCAGUAUAUUUGUGUCAUUUAUGUCAUGAGAUGCAUAUAUGAAGACCAAACAGGCUGAGCUGGAAAUUUAAAGAAAUAUUGAUUAUGUCCACAAAGUAUUUCAGUUAGAAAAUCUUGAAUAAAUUCAGCCAUUUACAACAUUGAUUGUAUCACAGAUGGAGCUGGAAAUUGAAAUUAAUGUUAAAAUAAGACAUCAGCUUAAUCAUUUUAAGAAUUCACAGCAGCUUGCUAGGAAUGCCUUAUAUUGGUUUGAACAGAUGACCUUAAAUAAAGCAAAACCUCCACUGGACUGUAUAAAGUUACAUUUAUUUCAGUAGUGUAUUUAAGUAGGGAAGUGUGCUUACGUAGGAAUAAGGAACUUCCAUUGUAUAUAUAGUGUAUAGUAUAUCGUAUACUACAUUUAUGAAACAUACUAGAUGCUUAAAGAGUAACAGUCAAAUUGUUGCUAAGUUGCUUUAGUAUUAUACUCAGAGCAGUAGAUACCAGUCUCUCUGUGCUUCUACAGAAAUGUAUGUAAAGUGCCUAAAAAUCUGUAGUGAAAAUAUCUCGUUUUUGUUCUUUAUGAUUUGAUUGUUCUUAUUUGCUUGAUGUUACAAUGUUAAAACUGUGCUUCUGGCACUGUUUAUUUAAAAUUGUCAUUAUUCAUGAAAUAACAAGUUUUGAUAUCACAUGGCUUAAAGGUGCAUUGGGUGGAAUUUGCUGUAGCAGUUACAAGGUGAACUACAAAAACUUCAGAAUGAUUUGUUUAUUCCUCGUCCCCACCUGUCAUCCAUGUCCAUAUACACAAUACCUUUCCUGCCAGAAUCUAUGGUGGGCAGCAGAGGUCAUCCAUGUUAGGUUGCUAACUUUCCAUCAUCUCAAUCUAGUUAUCAAAGAUAGCUAUAUACAUGCAAAAUAAACAUGCUCAACAUAUUGAUUUUUUAUAAUUCACUGAUCUGAAUGUGCAUAAAAUAGCCUCUAAACGUCUGGUCCUGGCCAGAGGACAAAACCUGUUUUUUUUGACCAAAAUAUUUUGAUCAGAAAGGUGUAUUGCACAUCAUUGGAUCCUUUGGGCCCCAUUCCCAUUGAGUCCAAGAAAACUUUGGCAGGGUUGUGGCUCCAUCAUUAGCUAGUCUAGCUAACUAGUUUAUAAGCACUCUUUGUCUCAUUCUACUUGACCAGUUAUGAUAUAAAUUAGCACUAAAUUCCAAAAUGUUUGUGUUUGUUGUGAGUGAAGGGCACUUUGGAGGUCUGACUAUAACAUGACAGAAAAGAGGGAUGCAAAUACAAACAAGGAAUUCAGCACAGAUCUGCAUUUUAUAGGCUUUUUGUAUCACAUUGUUUCAACUCUUAUGUUUCAUUGUGUUCCUCAGAUAUUUACAAGUUUCCUCCAUUUUAAAAACACCGACAAUAUUAACCAGUACAUUUUUAAUAUGUUAUGCUAUAAUAUGUUAAUAUGUUAGGUAUGCUAAGUGACUUUGUUAUUAGUAUAAUGACGGAUUGUAUUUUUAACAGUAAGAGCAUGAAAUGAAUUAAGAUUCUGCCAUGCUGUGUUCCCUGUUGCACAACCUCAUAUGAUCGAAAGCUGUGGAUAAAGAGAGAACUGGGUUAAAACCUUGUAUAAAAAAAUAAAAAAUAAAAAAUAAAAUAUUAGCAGUAUAAAACACCUGAAAUGGCAGAAAUCCUGACAAUAUACCCAUUUUCUUGUUUGGCAAUUUUCUAAAUACUUACUUUGUAAUUUUUUCUGUCAUAAAUGUAAGAGUUGUGUAAAUUCAGUAUUUAGCAGUAAGGUUACUGUUGUUCUCUUGGUCCAUUCUCUGUUUCUUGCUCCUAUUUGCAUUUGCUUCUUUUUUUACUGCUGCAAAAUAGUUUUACUGCAAAAUUGUGGAACUUAUAUUUGUGGCACCUGAAUAUGACUUAUGUUGUCAAUAUUGUGCACAAUUUGCUGUUAAUGUUAUAACAAGUCUGUGUUCCACAACAUGGGGAUACUUUUUUUUUUUUUUUCUUCUUUUUUUUUUAAAGAUUUUUCAUAACUUAUAGUUGAGUAGUUCUAAUUAAUCCUUGAUAGUCAUGGACCUGAUAAAGCAUAACCAGGUUCUCUGUGAUUACUUAAUUGUGUUGGAAUUCACAAACCAGCAUUAUUAAAUUACUAUAUUUAUUAUUGAGUUCCAAAUUUUAAUGUAAAAACAUAAGAUGUAAUUGGAAUGGUAUUUCAAUUCUGAUUCUUUAUCAUGGAGAUGUAUAUCAUUCCCAGGCUUUUUUUUUUUUUACAUUUCUGUAAAAAAAAUCAUUUUUAUAUUUCUGUUAUAUUAUUCUCCGUCAUAUAUAGAAUGUGCUCAUCAGAAAUCUGAGCAUUCAAAUUAAACCCAACCAACUGAUGGGGGACCACUGUUGCUAUAGCAACUAGCAACACAACUCGGCAAGAUACUCAGCAUUAACUUUAAGUGUCUUUAAUAAACUAGAAAUGCUCAUGAAUACUGAAGCUGACUGAAACUUGGUAUCUUAGAGGACUGCAUAUUGUACAGUCAUGUAUAAUUAACAAUGUCCGCUGGGGUGUGUAAAUAUAUUUAUAAAUAUUAAUGAG